CGCCCCUCCCCGCGGCCCCGCCUCCCAGGCGCACCCCAGUGCAGCGCACGUCCCCCAUGUUUCUCCGCUCAGGUCUGGCCACGUUCUCUCCCCUUCUCCGCACUCUUCGGUCUGCCUCUGUCGCCGCCAUGAGCACUGGCACCUUCGUCGUGUCGCAGCCGCUCAAUUACCGUGGCGGGGCCCGCGUGGAGCCGGUGGACGCCUCCGGCACGGAGAAGGCGUUCGAGCCAGCAACCGGCCGAGUGAUAGCUACUUUCACAUGUUCAGGAGAAAAGGAAGUAAAUUUGGCUGUUCAAAAUGCAAAGGCUGCCUUUAAAAUAUGGAGUCAAAAAUCUGGCAUGGAACGUUGCCGAAUCCUUUUGGAGGCUGCCAGGAUAAUAAGGGAACGGAGGGAUGAAAUUGCCACUGUGGAGACCAUCAACAAUGGCAAGUCCAUCUUUGAGGCCCGUUUGGACAUUGACGUUUCCUGGCAGUGCCUGGAGUACUAUGCAGGCUUGGCUGGAUCCAUGGCUGGUGAACAUAUCCAGCUCCCAGGCGGAUCCUUUGGUUACACCAGAAGAGAACCACUCGGGGUAUGUGUGGGAAUAGGAGCAUGGAACUACCCCUUUCAGAUUGCCUGUUGGAAGUCUGCUCCAGCUUUAGCUUGUGGUAACGCCAUGAUCUUUAAACCUUCUCCCUUCACGCCUGUUUCUGUAUUGCUACUGGCUGAAAUCUAUACUGAAGCUGGGAUGCCUCCUGGGCUCUUCAAUGUGGUGCAAGGAGGGGCCACCACAGGCCAGUUUCUGUGUCAGCAUCGUGAUGUGGCCAAAAUCUCCUUUACUGGAAGUGUGCCCACUGGUGCAAAGAUCAUGGAGAUGUCAGCGAAAGGGAUCAAGCUGGUUACCUUGGAACUUGGAGGCAAAUCUCCACUCAUCAUCUUCUCAGAUUGUGAUAUGGACAAUGCUGUGAAGGGGGCACUGAUGGCCAACUUCCUCACACAAGGCGAGGUUUGCUGUAAUGGCACAAGAGUAUUUGUGCAAAAGGAAAUUCUUGAUAAAUUUACAGAGGAAGUGGUGAAACAGACCCAAAAGAUAAAAAUUGGAGAUCCCCUUCUGGAAGAUACAAGGAUGGGUCCGCUCAUAAACCGACCACACCUGGAGCGAGUCCUUGGGUUUCUUAAACUGGCAAAAGAGCAGGGUGCUAAGGUAUUAUGUGGUGGAGAUAUAUAUGUACCUCCAGAUCCCAAAUUAAAGGAUGGAUAUUACAUGAGACCUUGUAUAUUAACUGAUUGCAGAGAUGACAUGACCUGUGUGAAAGAAGAAAUCUUUGGACCUGUUAUGUCCAUUUUAUCGUUUGACACUGAAGCUGAGGUUCUGGAAAGAGCCAAUGAUACCACCUUUGGACUAGCAGCUGGUGUCUUUACCAGGGACAUCCAGCGGGCUCACAGAGUGGUGGCUGAGUUGCAGGCUGGGACGUGCUUCAUUAACAACUACAACAUCAGCCCAGUGGAGUUGCCCUUUGGUGGAUAUAAGAAGUCAGGAUUUGGCAGAGAGAACGGCCGUGUGACAAUUGAAUAUUAUUCACAACUGAAGACUGUGUGCGUGGAGAUGGGUGAUGUGGAGUCUAUUUUUUGAAAACCUGCAGUGAAACCUGUCAACGUGGCCAGGCUAUGGAAUAAUGAAAAUCAGCUCUCCUGACAGAGGCAGCACACCUGAAUACCAUUCUAAAUCCAGAACUUUGGUCAUUAAGGAUAAGAGAAUAGUUCAGUGUUAUUCUUCAUCUGUCAGUCACCUUCCUAAUUGAAAAUGUGCAUAAGUGCCUUUUAGAUACGAAUCCAAAAAGUUGUGAUUUUCCUCAAAGCUAAUUUCUGUGAAAUCUUUAAGAGCCACUAACAUACUGCCAGAGGACAGGGAGAGGUACUAGGAUUAUUCUUCUUCCACACAUUUGCACUGGCUAUAUUAAUUCUUUAGCUUAUUUUGAAGAAUUUCCUUUGUAGGUUCCCGGUAGAAUCAGUAGAGAUGAUUUCUGCUGACAUUUUUUAAUCUAUGUCCUCUUGUCAUUCCUUGGAGAAAGUUGACAAAAAGGAUAAAGAGGGAAUUAGAUAACGGGGUCAAAUUCUGUGCAGAUGUUAACUUGCUAUGGUAAGCACUUCAUUUCCAUUCGUUGCUGCUAUAGAGGAAACCUAUCUCGUGUCCUUGAACUACACCUUGCUCUCUUACAACAGAAGAGUUACUUUUUAAAUGUACAGAUUAUUUGUAUGCCAGUGUAGUGCAGUGAAGUUAAAAUAAAUCACAGUUAAUUCUUUUA